AGCUCUUCCGUCCAUCUGAUCUUUCUUCUCCUCGGCUUCAUUAUCUCCAAAUUUUUUAUAUUGGAAAAGCUCCGAAUUUGAAUUCUAUAUCAGUUCAGCUUGUUCAAUUCUUGAAGAUGCCCCGAAGGCCAACAAAGCGGCGGCAACCGCUGGGAACUCGACCUUUAACUUUUUCCUCAUUUGCUCGAGCUUCUUGUAUGGUGAGGAAUCAAAUUUUGAAGUCAAAAUAUAUGAAAUCUCACCCUAAACAUGAAGGUAAUGGUUUUAUUAGGAAUAGUCCUGAGGCUCAGAGUGACUCAUCUGACUCUUCUUCCAGUGAUGAAGACUUUGAAGAAAUUCAAGCAGAUUUUGCGUUUUUUGAUCCAAAGCCCGACGACUUUCAUGGGGUGAAGACAUUGCUGCACAACUACCUAGAUGAUACACAGUGGGAUUUAAGUGGAUUUUCUGAUCUAAUAUUAGGACAAACUACAGUUGGUACUGUGAUCAAAGUGGAGGGAGAUGAAGAUAAUGGAGUAUUCUCUUUUAUCACUGCCCUUAACUUGGAAAGAUAUAAGGACAGUAGAUGUAUCCUAGAGCUCAAGGGGUAUCUCCUUAAAGUUUGUCAGGAAAAGGAUCUAAAGAAUAAGUUGAAGCUGAUCUUGGAGGAGCAAGCAUCCAGUGUUGGUCUACUAGUCUCUCAAAGAAUAGUGAAUCUUCCUCCCCAACUUCUGCCUCCACUCUAUGAUGCCCUUUUUGAUGAAAUCUCAUGGGCUAUUGAGGAUGAGCCAACUAAAGAGCUCCGAGAUUCCUUCCGCUUCAAAAUGUAUGUUUUAGUCAGUAAAAUUUACCAGCUCAAGAAUCCAAAUCAUAAGAAAAGACUGACUUCUGAAACAGAUGAGUCAAUUAUCUAUGUUAAGCCAGAAGACGAAAUAUUUCACAAGCUGUGUGUAUGGUCCUUCUGCUUUCCCUUGCACAUCCAACCACAGACGACUAACGAGCUAAAAGGCUACCAGUUAAUGGGAAUGGUAAUGGCAGUUGAAGCAAGAAAAAUCCCCACAUUUAGAGAUGAGUUGAAAUCUUUAAUAAGUGAAGCAAGUGUCUAGUUUGAGGAAGUCUCCAAUUUUGUUGUUGAUGCGAGCCAGAUUUUAAUUAGUUGAGUUGAGUUUGUUUCUUUGAGGACUUUUAUUUAUUGCACUGAAUGAUUAAAAAAAUGUGUUUGAAUGGAUUUUUUGGGCAAGACCCUUUGUAAAUGUGAAGAAAAUUGUUGGUAUCAUAGAUAUUUUAGUUGUGAAUAGCGUGCACGUGCACUUACUCUCA